UCGUUUUUACCUUGAUUUAUGCCGAAAGUAAGUAAAGUGUUAAAAGCGGUCAAAUGAUAUGUAAAAAUCAUUUUAUUUUAUAUGUUUAAACAUCACAGAAAAGGGCGUCAAAGAAUCAAGCAAACGCGCAAAGAAAAAUGAAAAUUGGUAAGAAUAUACCAAGAUUUGAAUAAUGAUUGACGAUCAUGGUUUUUUCACAAGAUUGCUGAAAUAUCCACGAUGGUCGCUCUAUAAAUGAAUCUUCGAGUCAACACGUAACACUGAGAACUCUGUUACGUUUCUACUCUAUGGCUAGAGGUGGGUGUGUCGGCCUGGGGCUAAAGAUGGGAUAGAAUGGUUAAGGAUGACCAGACCCUACAGUUGAGGGUACACUUCACAGAUCUACACAGUUGCUAGGGUAUACUCAAACCUACAUACAGUGAAUCCCAUCAAAACAGCUUAUGGAGUUCCCAACAUUAUAUAAAGAUUGCAGAAUUGAAGAGUCUGGUUUCCAUUUCUCUAGUUGUCGGCCUCAAGUUUUUCUCCUCUGUGACCCCUUUAUCACAAGGAAUUGAUUAGUCAAUAAACUAAAAAACUGCAAUAUGAUAGUUGAACAAUAUCUAAGAGUUCUGAGGCCUGAACCUGAACAUUCAUCUUAUCGAUAGGAUGUAGUUCAGGGAUCUAGAAUCUGCAAGGAGAUGGAGUGGAGAAGAGUAGAACUUUUCUGGUUUAACAAUCAAUCCAAUAUAUUGUAAAUUCGAGGAAUCCAGAAAAAAUUUAAAACCUUUAAUUAACAGCUUCGACAAUAUAAUAAUGAAGGAAGGAAAGCAGGAUCUGAAUAAAACUAAAUGUUUAAAAGAGGAAAUAAAAUUGGAUCAGGAGGAGCCCGUGGAUCUUAGCAUUAAAUUUAAAAACAUUGCGAACACAAAGAACUUUGAAAGCCCAGGACCAGAAGACGAUAUGGAUGAUCAUACUAUCUGUAUCGAUCUAGGUCCAGUAGACCUCAGCAAGAGAUCUUUAGAUAUGAAUUCAGAUAAUCCGUCCUCGCUUCAAGUUUUAACGUUGAAUGAUUUGGCUGGAUCUGGUUCUCAACGUAAAGAACAUAAAUGUGAUUUCUCCGGCUGUGAUAAGGUUUAUACAAAGAGCUCUCACUUAAAAGCUCAUAAGAGAAGCCACACAGGAGAGAAACCCUACAGGUGCUCCUGGGAAGAAUGUCAUUGGAAGUUUUCAAGAUCUGACGAGCUAACCAGACAUUUUCGCAAGCACACAGGAAACAAACCAUUUAAAUGUCCGCUCUGUACAAGAUCCUUCUCAAGAUCUGAUCAUUUAGCACUACACAUGAAGAGGCACUAGAGUCCUCUGAUAAUCUUGCACUACACAUGAAGAGAAACUAGUCCAGUAGUCCUCUGAUCAUCUAGCACUAAACAUGAAGAGAAACUAGUCCAGUAGUCCUCUGAUCAUCUAGCACUAAACAUGAAGAGAAGCUAGUCCAGUAGUCCUCUGAUCAUCUUGCACUACGCAUGAAGAGAAACUAGUCCAGUAGUCCUCUGAUCAUCUAGUACUACACAUGAAGAGAAACUAGUCCAGUAGUCCUCUAAUCAUCUAGUACUACACAUGAACAGAAACUAGUUCAGUAGUCCUCUGAUCAUCUAGCAAUACACAUGUAGAGAAACUAGUUCAGUAGUCCUCUGAUCAUCUAGUACUACACAUGAACAGAAACUAGUCCAUUAGUCCUCUGAUCAUCUAGCACUACACAUGAAGAGAAACUAGUCCAGUCGUUCUCUGAUCAUCUAGCAAUACACAUGUAGAAAAACUAGUUCAGUAGUCCUCUGAUCAUCUAGUACUACACAUGAAGAGAAACUAGUCUAGUAGUCCUCUGAUCAUCUAGUACUACACAUGAAGAGAAAAUAGUCCAGUAGUCCUCUGAUCAUCUAGCACUACACGUGAAGAGAAACUAGUCCAGUAGUCCUCUGAUCAUCUAGCACUACACAUGAAGAGACAAUUCUAGAAGUAGGUUAUUAUUUAGCACUGCACAACACAUGACCACUAGUAAAGUAGUCCUGCGACUAAUUUAAUGUUGCAAACCCAUGAACUAUUACGUACAAAGAUGAAUAGAUUAUAUUUCGUUUUGGAAUUUGUGUUUAUUUACUCAUCAGUCAAAUAAAAAGUUGAUUUUA